GACGCUAGACGGUCACAGUGGGGCGGUCUGUAAGGAUUUUCAAAGAAAGAUUUUUUACUUUGUAAUAAGUUUGAUUUUGUUUUAUUCAUUCAGUAUUACAAGUAUAUAAACCAUGGCUUCCUCAGAUGUCGCUCGCCAACUGGAUAAGAACAUUCGCCCCCUGAACUUGGCCGGUCAUGUGGGCUUUGACAGUCUUCCUGAUCAGCUGGUCAAUAAAUCUAUUUGCCAGGGAUUCUGCUUCAACAUACUCUGCAUUGGUGAAACUGGUAUUGGCAAGUCGACUUUGAUGGAUACUCUUUUUAAUACAAACUUUGAGAAUUUCGAGUCAUCGCACUUUGAGCCUCAGGUGAAGCUCCGUGCUCAAACCUACGACCUUCAAGAGAGCAAUGUGCUGCGCCUCACUGUGGUCAACACUGUGGGGUUUGGGGACCAGAUGAACAAACAGGAGAGUUACCAGCCGGUGGUGGACUACAUUGACAGACAGUUUGAGAGUUAUUUGCAGGAGGAGCUGAAGAUCAAACGCUCACUGCACAACUACCACGACUCACGUGUCCAUGCAUGUCUCUACUUCAUCUCCCCCUCGGGACAGCUCAAAUCUCUGGACCUGGUCACCAUGAAGAAACUGGACAGCAAGGUGAACAUCAUCCCGGUGAUCGCCAAAGCAGACACCAUCAGUAAGAGCGAGCUGCACAAGUUUAAAAUCAAAAUUAUGAGUGAACUUGUCAGUAAUGGAGUCCAGAUCUACCAGUUUCCCAUCGAUGACGAGACAGUGGCCAAAGUCAACACCUCCAUGAAUGGUCAUUUGCCUUUCGCUGUAGUAGGAAGUACAGAGGAAGUGAUGGUUGGAAAUAAAAUGGUGAAGGCCCGUCAGUAUCCUUGGGGCAUAGUACAAGUUGAGAAUGAGAGCCACUGUGAUUUCAUGAAGCUGAGGGAGAUGCUGAUUUGUGUGAACAUGGAAGACCUGAGAGAGCAGACUCACACCAGACACUAUGAGCUCUACAGACGCUGCAAACUGGAGGAGAUGGGCUUCAAGGACACAGACCCCGAGUGCAAGCCUGUCAGUUUGCAGGAAACGUAUGAAGCGAAGCGUCAGGAGUUCCUGUUGGAGCUGCAGAGGAGAGAGGAUGAGAUGAGACAGAUGUUUGUGCAGAGGGUUAAGGAGAAGGAGGCGGAGCUUAAAGAUGCUGAGAGAGAGCUGCAGAGCCGUUUUGAGCAGCUAAAGCGACUCCACGCAGAUGAGAAGGCGGCUCUGGAGGAUAAGAAGAAGGCUCUGGAGGAAGACCAGGUCUCAUUCAGUAAACGACGCGCCGCGGCUCAGCUCCUGCAGGGACAGAGCCUCACAGCCAACGGCAAGAAAGACAAGGACCGCAAGAACUCCGGCUUCAUGUAAAGACCUGAAUGGACCUGAACUGAACAGCAACAGUACCCAGCUCCAGUCUAAAUCACUAAUGGCAAUGACUUUAUUUUUUGCGCCAAAGUUAAGUCCAAGUGGACUCCUCCUCUGUGUCAUUUGUCUUCUGCUUUGUGGGUUUUUAUGUUUUAAUAUUGUGUAUUUAUCCUUUCUUUUUAUAUACAGUUUGUGCUUUUAUUUUCCGUUUACCUCCUUAACUUUAUGUACAAAGAGGGACAUCUUAGCAGACUCAGCCUCACAGCCACAGCACUACACUCAUGUUAAACAUACUGGGGCAUUUUAAAGACUCCUAUACAAUAAAAAGGGACCUGCUUUCAUGUACACAUAGGGACAAACUAAAUCUGUAAUUUAAACUAAAUUUUCUAUUAUUUUACAAGGCAUUUUAAUCUUUUCAUUUCUUCCUUAAUAUCAGAAUUUCAUUGACUGUGAUCAUUUUUUAUACCAUGGGAACAUAUUGAAUUUUGCUAGGACAAAACCGUAAUUGCCGUUAAGUCUUUUCAUGAUAAUUUCAUUCAUUUUGAGGGUAUAUUGUGGUCAUUAUAGGAAAACUUGAAUAGUGUUUUCAUAGGGAAUGUGUAAUACAAAAAUCAGCAGUAAUAACAAUGGGACUCUGCCUUUGUCUGCAUUAGGUACAUGUUACAGAAUAUAUUUAUAUGUACAAUGUUUACUCUACUACACUGCCAGCCAACAAGAAAACAAUGAGCAUUUUCAAGUGUAUCUUAUCCUUUUUAUAUUAACUAUUGAGUGUUUUAUAUAGUAGUAUUUUCUGCACAACCAAAAACACUACUUUGUCUUGUUAAAUGUGUAGCACCUGAACUACAACUCAAAGCACAGCCAAGUUUCUGAACACUAGAUUUGUUAGUGCCUUAUUAAUAGUAUGAUACUCACUCAUAAAUGCAGUUAAUUUGACCUGUGCCUCAUGUUACACUUGUGUUUGAGGAAACAACAGUGUUAUUUGGGAGUGUUUUUAUUCUUUCAAAAUAAAUCCUGUAUUUUUGACAA